GUCAUUUGUGGAUCCCGCCAUUUCUUUGCUGUUAAAUUGAAAUUGCUGGAUAUUGAUGUUCAUGAUUAACGUGUUUAUUUCAGCUUUUGUAUUUCAGGCUUCAGUCUAAGUCACAACUCCAACAAUGAGCCAGCUGAGUGACGAAAUAAGCUGCGUCAGCUGCACAGAGUCCAGUCAGGAGUCCCCAAUGGCAGCCACCUCCGAGGGCUCAGAUGGCGAAGCCCCAUCAUCGCCAGACCCAAACAGCCUCAUCAGCUACUCCAAGGCAGCCAGCUACUGGGACGGCGUGCCCGCCUCGGUGAACGGGAUGCUGGGGGGACUGGGUCAGGUCUCCAGCCUGGACAUCAGGACGUCUGAUGAACUGCUCACAGCGAUCUGGAAGCGUCCGAACGCGCCGGGCCGGGAGCGCGCACUGGACUGCGGCGCCGGGAUCGGACGCAUCACGCGCCUCCUACUCAGCAGAAGGUUCCAGACCGUCGAUGCCGUCGAGCAGUGCGCAAAAUUUGUGGAGGCGGCGCGGACGGCGCUGGCUGACAACCCGCAUGUUGGAGAGAUCUACUGUGCAGGCCUGCAGGAGUUCACCCCUCAGCCCGACUUCUAUGAUGUUAUCUGGUGUCAGUGGGUGCUGGGACACCUCACAGAUGACGAUCUGGUCCAGUUCUUCGCCAGAUGCGCACGCGGUCUUCGUCCCAAUGGCGUCAUCAUUGUCAAAGAGAACCUCGCGUCAGGCGCGGAGCCGGAAUACGACGCUACUGACUCGAGCGUGACUCGUCCUCGCGCGCUACUAGAAGCCAUCUUUGAGCGGGCUGGUCUGAGCAUCAGUUCGACAAGAAAACAGAACGGGAUGCCGAGGGGGCUGUAUGAGGUGAGGAUGUAUGUUCUGAGGCCGGUGGAAGGGGUGGAAAGCUAAAAGGAGGGGGAGCGAGAGAGAAAGAGAGAGAGAGAGAGAGAGAGAGAGAGGGAGAGAGAGAGAGAGAGAGAGAGAGAGAGAGAGAGAGAGAGAGAGAGAGAGAGAGAGAGAGAGAGAGAGAGAGAGAGAGAGAGA